AUGUGUACUAAUCUAGGACGGACAAAGCUCCUCCUCUUCCUCCUCCUCCUCCUCUCCGUGUGCUCCGAGGACGACGAGGACGCCUACUGGAAGAUGAGCCGGGCGUACGUGGUGCUGAGUGUGAGCGAGGCCUUCGAGGACGAGGCGGACCAAUGGCUCAGCGAGUUUGAGGAGAAGCCGCCGGUGAUCUCAGCACGCGAGCUGAGCCAGCAGGACCAGGAGGCCUUCUGGCAGACCUGGGAGGAGGAAGCCCGCGCCGAGCAGGACGCCCUGCCGCCACAGCCCGUCAUCGCCGCGCGAGACUUCUUCAAGGAGGAGGACAACUGGUGGGAGGAGGACGCCGUGGACCGCCAGGAGGAGGCGCCCGACACUGCACACACCGAGGAGGGCCGCGUCAUCACCGCCAAGGAGUUCUUCCGCGAGGACGAGUGUUGGUGGCGCGACGCCCUGCAGGACGCCCCCGCCCACCACCACCUGCCCACCGACGCCGUGCCCGCAAAGGACUUCUUCGCCGACGACACACCAUGGUGGGAGGAAGACAAGGAGAAGGAGGAGGAGGAGGAGAAGAAGGAGACGCCGCAGAAGGCAAUACCUGCCAGUGAGUUGUUCAGGGAGGAGCGGCCCUGGUGGGAGGAGGAAGAGACCAGGGAGGAGGCGCCCCGUGUGGCCGCCAAGGACUUCCUGCGGGACGAGGAGGAGGUGCCGUGGUGGGAGCGUGGCGGCGACCUGGAGGAGGACGCCGCCGCCACCGCCGCCGCCGAGGACGAGGAGGGCAGCCUGAGCAUUACGGAGGACGAGGACGAGAGCAGCAGGAUGGACGACUACGAGGACGCGAGCGAGGGCGUGACGAGUGACAGCAGCAGCCUGUACACCGCCAGCGAGGGAGUGCUGCCCCCCGCCACUCACCUCCUUGGCGACGCCGCCCCCUGGUGGGAGGACACCCCUGCCCCCCGUGGCUUCAGGACACUAGCGAUAGUAGCGAGGCCACCACCCUGGACCAGGAUACCAGCGAGCGAGGACGAGAUUGAGGACAUCCCCGAGGAGGAGGCGCCGCGCCCCCCGCCCACAGUGUUUGUGGAGCUGUGCGAGGAGGCGCCCUCAGCCACCCAGGCCACCGAGGCGCCUCUGGAGAUGUACGAGGCGCGGAGCAUCCAGCUGGCGCCAUGCCCCGAGCCACGCCUGCACAAGUCAGACUCUCAGACCAGCGGCUACGAGUCCAGCGCCUCGCUGUCCGAGCCAGGGCCAGGCGGGGCCGGCCAGCAGGUGGGGCCGGGCCGGGACGAGCAGGGCGGACCGGGCGAGCAGGUGGGGGCGGCGAGCGACAGCGGCGAGGAGGAAGGCAGUAUGGCGGGCGAGGAGGGGCGCCCCGUCAAUAAGAUGGACGACUGUCUGGCCAGAGUGGACGCCACUCUCGCCAGACCCACGGCGAGCGAGGCUGGCUCGCGCAGGGCGGCGGGCGUGCGCAGCGAGUACGUGGUGAUGAAGGUGCACGUGCGGGUGCCCGAGGAAACCACCACACGACGCGAAGAGGCGCCCUGCAACGGCGGCAGGCUGGUGGGGGCGGUGUCGCACGGCGGCAAGGAAGGCCUCGCGGUGGGCAGGCCCCAGGCUAGCCAGGAUGUCUCCGCACCGCAAGACAAGGCACCCCCCAUCCCUGCACCACAAGAGGAGGCACACCCACCCCCCGCACCACAAGAGGAGGCACCCCCACCCCCCGCACCACAAGAGGAGGCACACCCACCCCCCGCACCACAAGAGGACGCACCCCCAGCUCCCGCACCACAAGAGGAGGAGCCCCCUGCCCCCGAAGCCUGCCCCCCGUCCCCGCCCAGCGCCGCCCAGGACACAGAAGAGCCACACGCCUCUGGCGAGAAGCGAGUACAGGAAGGGCAGGGCGGGGAAGACCUGGGCCAGGGUGAGGGCCAGGGUGAGGGCCUGGGUGAGGGCCUGGGUGAGGGUGAGGGGUGGGGCAGGGAGGCACCACCUCCUGGUGUGUGCGAGGACGUGGGCGGCGGCAUGAAGGAGGCGUGGCUGCGGGCGUCGCCGUCCCCUCAGGCGCGGCGGCGGCGGCAGCGAGGGUGGCGGUGUUCCACCUACGAGCCGCUCAGCCUUACGGAGUACGAUCGUCUGGCGUGGGCGUGCGCGCGCCGCCGCCGCUACUCCAGCUGCUCCCCGCCCCCAACCGCCCACCGCGCCCUAGCAGACCACUCGCCCUCUCCGCCCCGCAACGUUGCUCCCACCGCCCCGCCGCGCCGCCGCGUGCAGCCCGCCGCCCAACAAGCACCGCCGCCGCCACAGCGGCAGCAGCAGCAGCAGCAGCAAGCCGACAGCCCUGUCGCCAGCAGCAGCAGCAGCAGCCCUGCAGAUCCAACACCCUCCACACAGGCCCCGCAGGAGUCAGACCCACCACAGCUCCUGCAGGUGUCAGACCUGUCACCAGGCCCCGCAGGAGUCAGACCCGUCACCAGCCCCGCAGCCCCGCAGGAGUCAGACCCGUCACCAGCCCCACAGCCCCCGCAGCCUCGGCAGCCCCCACAGGUCCCGCAAGCAUCACAGCCGUGCUCGCCAGCCCCGCAGGUCCCCGCAGCUUGCACUAACCCAGCCACCCCUCCAGCCGCCGCCGCCGUCCCCGCCGCUCUCGCCGCCCCCGCCGUGCCGUCCGCAACUAACGCCCCUAACUCGGCUUUGUUGUGUGACGCAGAUGUCCCAGCAGAAGCAGCGGCGCCCCCGGUGGUAGGAGCGGCGCCCCCCUGCGCGUCGCGGCCCUGCGCCCCCGAGGUAAGCGGCGACGCACACAACGAGACAGUGGUGGCGUGCGCCGUGGUGCUGCUGCAAAAUGUUGCCUUCUUCCCCACACCCCCAUACUUACAGCUCCAGCAGGCGUCCCGGGCACUGCGAGGCGGAGUCUCUGGACACCCUCCCCGCCCCACCUUCAGCGUGUCCCCCCAGUAG